CCGGCAGCAAGAACAAUGGGAGCAGCAUCCACACAUGUACCGGGGCGCACAACCCUAAGGUGGCCAUAUGCAGGCACAGCAGCUGCCAUUAAGGAGCUCGGCUGCAAACACGUCAACAAGCAAGUCAGUGAAGUUCAUGUGGAUGCAAAGAACAAGUUGGUCACCACCAGCGCCUUUAUGUGUAACAGCCCAGUUUAUGACAUGUAUGAUGGUACUGGGGAAAUGGUUCUGACAUUAACAAAUUAUUAACAGUAUUUAUGGGGG